AUGGCCACCGAGCUGGAGCCCGCCGGGGCCGGAGGCGCCGCGCCGCUGGAGGCGGACGAGGACGAGGAGCAGUGGCUCUACGGAGAUGACAGUGGUAAGCAAGAAGAUGGACCAAUCCCUGGACACUCUGAGUCGCAUCCUUUGCAAGAUGUUCCCCAGGAGAGCAGGAUUGUCAGCUGUGAAGACCGAGAUCUGUUGCAGCAGGCUCUUCCCAGUGGCGAAGAUGACGAGGAAGACAGUGAGAGUGACAGUGACGAUGAUGAUAUCCGAGUCACCAUUGGUAACAUCAAAACCUGCGCCCCAUCUUACAUGGGAACUCCGAUGAAUCUGAAUCUAAAAACAGGUCGAGGCUACGGAGCAUCUGCUUCAGCCAAGCUGCAACCCAAAGGUAUUGAUUUAGAGGCUGCGGGGAAUAUAAGCGGCUUGCCUGUAAUAGAAGUGGAUUUAGAAUCGUUUGAAGACAAACCGUGGAGGAAACCAGGUGCUGACCUCUCUGACUAUUUCAACUAUGGGUUCAACGAGGAAACGUGGAAAGCCUACUGUGAGAAGCAGCGUCGGCUUCAGCUAGGCCUGGAGCCCUCGGCCCCUGUCAACACAGAGAAUAAGAUCAUGGUUCAGCAAGGAAGAACAGGAAAUACAGAAAAAGAACCAGAGAACAAUAUUGUCAAGAUGGAUUUUAAAACGGAUUUUGUGGCCCUUGUUGGUGGGCGGAUAAAAGCUGGGCCUCCCCCUAACAGGAAGCUGGGUGGGACCAUCGAUGUGAUUGGUGGGCAGGCAGGCACCAUCCGAAGGGUGGAAGGAAGGCGUCGCGAUAAGCAUGCCUCUGAGGAGAACCCCAUUCAGGUUCUUGGGGAUCACGGGAGCAAAUCGCAGCCCCUGCCGCAGCCACAGCAGCCAUCGCAGCCUCAACAGCCUCCUCAACAGCAGCCGUUUGUGCCACCAACAGGACCUCCACCACCCAUCGGUGGUCGCCCUCCUCCGCACUUUCUCCAUCCGCCGCCACCGCCAGUUACUUCCGUCCCGCCCCCUCUCCAUCCUCCAGGUCUUCCACCACCAGGCCCCAUUCCAGGGUUGUUCCCUCCACCUCUCGCUCCACCACCAGCCCUCCUCAUCCCGACACUAGAUGGCCAGCCUGCCAGCUACAACAACCGGCAGCCACCUCCAUUUGGCUACAGUUCCACAGAUUCAGGUUUCAUCAGCUACCCACCCAUUUCCACAUCUCAUGCGCCCUGGGUGACCACAGUGGACAAGGCCUCCAGCUCUUCUGACAGCGGUCACUGGGAAUACUCUGGAUCAAGGAGGGAGAGGGAAAGAGAUCGUGCCCGGACUCCCACCGCCAGUGAAUACAACAAUGAUGACGAGAGGUAUCGUUACUAUAGCCGAGAGCGCAGUUACGAUUUCGAGCGGGACUAUCGCAGGAGCAGAGAGCGCAGUCGAGAGCGGGAAGAUCGCCAUCGGGAGCGAAGGCACAGAGACAAAGAGGAGGGCAGCAAACACAAGUCAUCCCGGCGGAAACAGCAUGAGAGUGAGGAAGGGGAAAGCCAUCGGCGCCACAAGCACAAAAAGAAUAAGCGCAGCAAGGAAGAGAAGGAAGUCAGCGAGGACGGGGUCCCCGAGGGGAAUGAGCAGGACUCCAAGGAGUAGCCAGUCUGACUGUGGUCU